CCUUUAUUAAGAGGUUUCCCAGCCGCCUGCUCUCAUUAUCUCUUCUACUCAGAGCCAGCUCUCUCCCAGUCGACUUUCGCAGAAAUCUGACGAAGUACAUUAGCUGUCUCUCCUGGAGAAAUGCAGCAUCUCCGAGUCAUUCUGCUUUGUGCUCUCUGUUCUGUCUUAUGGGCCGAGGACAGCGACGACUAUAAUAAUCUCAUGUACGUGAAUUUGGAUAACGAAAUAGAGAAUGGAAUGCAUCCCACUGACGAAAGUUCUUCGUGCCGCUGUAGCCAGGAGCGCACCGUAUGGGACCGGCUCUUUAUCAUGCUGGAGAACUCUCAGAUGCGCGAGAGCAGACUGCUGCAGGCGGCCGAGGAUGUGCUCAUCUCCGAGCUUCGGGAUCUGCGAUCGGAUGUGGCCCGCAUGUGCACCUCGGCCCCAGAGCCUGGCAGGCUGGCCAGGACGCUGGACGAGCUGCUGCUCGCCAGCCGUGGCCUGACGCACCGGCUGGCCAGGCUGGAGAGCUCCUGGCAGAGGGCGCCUGACACCACAGGAAAUCUGCUGCUGCUGCCGGUCUUGGAAGAGCUGCAAGCCCUGCGGAAGUGGGCUGGACAGCGCUCGCUGCCUGCAGGUUGUGAAACAGCGCUUUUAUUCCCAAUGCGUUCAAAGAAGAUUUUUGGCAGUGUUCACCCAGUGACUGAAAUGAAGCUUCGGUCCUUCAGUGCCUGCAUCUGGGUCAGAGCAACUGAUGUGUUAAAUAAGACUGUUUUGUUCUCUUAUGGCACAAAGAGGAAUCCAUAUGAAAUCCAGCUCUACCUCAACUCUUGGUCUACUGUGCUCGUGGUGGGUGGGGACCAGAACAAGCUAGUUGCCAAUUCUGUGGUUCCCCUUGGAACAUGGACCUAUCUGUGUGGCACGUGGAACUCAGAGGAAGGGGUCACAUCCCUGUGGGUCAAUGGAGAAUUGGCAGCCACUGGCUCUGGGAUGGCUACAGGUCACAUCAUCCCAGAAGGUGGGAUUCUACAAAUAGGCCAAGAAAAGAAUGGUUGCUGUGUGGGUGGGGGCUUUGACGAAACAUUGGCUUUCUCUGGAAGACUCACUGGCUUUAACCUCUGGGACCGAGUUCUCAGUAGUGAUGAGAUAAGACAAACAAGAGGAGAUGACUCCUGUCUUAUCAGGGGCAAUGUUGUGGGGUGGGGAGUUACAGAGAUUCAGCCACAUGGAGGAGCUCAGUAUAUCUCCUAAGUUUUGAAACAUCCCUGUUGGAAGCCAAAGAAGGAAACUCACAUUUAACCUCAGCGCAUGAUGGAAAUCCGAGACCAAUGAAGGGGAGGGCUGAGGUUGAGGGGUUCUGACACUCACCCUUGAGUGAGCUAUUAUCUUGGCAAAAUAUGGAAUAAGAAGAUGGAGAAACAUGUGUGCGUGCAUAAGUGUGUGUAUGUGUGUGUGUUUAGUUGGUGCUUUCAAAUUGAAUACUGUAAACUGGACUUUUGUUCAACAGAAAAACAAUACAAAACAAAUUAUGUUCUCUGUUUUCCUAUGGGUGGCUUUAUUUUGGCCAGAUAUGAAUUUUUUAUUGAAGGAGUCAUAAAAAUAACAUGUGCUGUUUAUUAUUCAUCAUUAUUGGUAUGUACACUUAUAAAAAAUAUGAUGAUGAAGCAUUAUUUAUACUAUGAUGUGACUUAACAAAAACAAAUGUAGUUUACUUGUCAUAAUCCGGGGUUGUAUUUUGAG